AUGGACAUAGGCACUAAUGAACUCACACGUCCAUUUCGAAUUCCAAGACGGAGAGCUGGUGAAAACAGUGCAGGGGAUGGCGUACCGGAUAAGGCAAAACGACUUCGUUUGGGAGGUCAGUCAGAUUCACGUUCUCCACUUGCUUCGACGUCUUCAGUUCGCAAAAAUGACUCAGCAUUUUCUAGUCGUAUCGUACCGCCUACCAAGAAGAAGACUACGCACGACCACCAGCAAACUCCUACACAUUCAAGGAAAUCGAAACCUGGAGAACUUUUUGAUCGAAUCUUAGAUUCGAUGGUGAACCCUCCAAAAGAACGGAAAAAAGAUGCACCUCAAGAUGAUGCCGAUGAAGCAGGUCCGAGUGGUAUGAUGGCUAAUGUCAGCAACAGCCCACCCAAACGGAGCACUUCUGGACUUACACGUGAAGAUUUAGAACGUCAUCAGAAUGACGAUUCGUCAUGUUAUGCCUUUAUGCAACGAGAGGGAUUAAUGGAGCGUUUGCUUGGGCAUAAAAUGCUUACAGGCCGUGUCGAUUCUCACAUUGUCCUUGGUUUCUUACCAUUUGAUCCCAAAGAUAAUUUGCCGACCAGAAAUCGGAAAAAUUCAAACAGUAAGGUGGAUGAUUUCCCAACCAUAUGUGAACCGCUACCUGUUGGUGUUGCAAAUGAGGAAAGACGGGGACCAAAAACACCACCCGGUUCACCGGGGCAUGAUGCUAAUUCAUCGAUGCUUUCUUCACGAGGUGUUGGUUCGGCAUCACCUUCAAGUCCUCCACCUCCUCCUCCUAUCGAUGAAACUAUUGCUUUAUCGGGGGAGGGUAGCAAAUUAAGAGUAGAAGAAACGCCCGAUUUGAUAGCUGAAAUGGCAGAACUUACGAAACUCCCACACAAUCAAUUAGCAGAAUGCUUGGGUGAAGAAUUGCAGAAAGCAAUGAAGCAGGUUGAUCACAAAGUUUUGCUAGAAACAUUGAAAGAUGCAUUGCUAAAGGUUGGAAAGAAAAAUGAUGAUCAGCAAGAUGGACAAAAUCAGACAGUUCCUAAGGAAGACAUGCACAUGUAUCCGGUAGAAAUGGAUCUAGAAAGUAAUAAAAGUGUCAGUGGAAACGGUGUCUUACUUCCACCUCCGCCACCUGCACCUUUAACACCACCAUCACCGAACAUGGUUCCAGCUUUGCCUGUUGGCCUUCCCACUACUCCGGUAAUGAUGGCUCCUACUGUUUUGCCAACACCUCCACCACCUCCAUCUUUGGUUAUGCUUCAUCCUGGCACUGCCCCUCAAGUUCUUGUCAGUACGUCAGCAACAGGAAAUGCUCCAUCACUAUACCCAUAUUUUCCGCCACCUCCACUUCACCAGCUUACUGUUGACCAGAGUAUCAACCCAUCUGCCAUUUCUGGGCCUCCUCAAACAUCUACUACUGCAUCUGUUAUUUUUGCUGGUGUACCGUAUCCUGCUAAUCUUGUUGCAACUUCAUCGCUAGCAGUACCGACAGUGCCAUCCUUGAAUCUUCCAUCACACGCACCAGCUGCAGCAGCUCAUCCUCCAGGAAUGGUAAGUGCAUUCCAGAAUAUUCCCACAACACCAUCUCAUGCUGUUGCAGCGCCUACUGCUUCUGUUGCUACACCGUAUACAAAUCAAACUCAAGCAUUUACGUUGUAUCCUGGCCCGUCUUCGCAGCAGUUACCGCCAACCACAGUCGCUUUUGCGUCCGGCAAUCAUUAUCCACUAGCGACGAUUGGGCACAACAGUCACCAUAGCUCAGCAAACAUUAGUAACAGCUCGACGGCAAAAGUAAAUAAUCACCCAGCUGUUAUAUUACCGCCAACAGUGCUGCAUCCGUAUGCUAGUGCUACAAAUUAUAAUAUCUCCGGUACCUCGGUAGCACCAUAUUCAGUACCUACUACUUCGUGUGCAACUACGACAGUUAGCGGCUCGCUGACAACAGCAACAGUUUCCCCUUUGCAACAGCAACCACACCAGCAACCUCCAAAACCUUUGUUGAUUCCAAAUUCAUCGUAUGGCUCUGAGUCACAUCAGACCGGGACCGGCACCUAUUCAACCGCAAACAACAGUUGCAAUUUCUCUGAAUUAAGAACAUCACAAAAUUUAUAUCACUCGCAGUACCAGACGACAAACUAUUCUCCAUCACUACAACAUCAUCAGCAUCAAAAACAAAAUUCUAAUCUUCCAGGAAUCUCAUCAGAUAGUACUGUUGGUACUGGUACCUUCAAUACACAUCAGCAGUUACAGUCAGAUGAAAAAUCUUUUUCCGCAAAAUUUUCACGUCCACCACCUCUUCAAAUGCAGACUUCGCUAGAAUCUCUACCCACAUCAAGCAGUGCAACAUUCAAUGGUGGCGAGAUAGGCUCAUCUCGAUUUUUUUCAUCUGGUACUGUGAAAGCAGAAUCUAUUUCGAUUAAUGCGGUUAUAGCGUCAGGUUACAAUUCUGAUCGUUCACUUCGUGGAGGCACUAUCAAUAACACAUCGGCAAAUUUUGACAGCUCGAAAUCAUCCGACGAACCAGUUUCAGUGCCAACCAGCCAGAAUGUUAUUAAAACAUUACUUUCUGCUUUAUCCAUUCCACAGAGUAGUGAUAGCGCUGCUGGUGCUGUUGUUCCAAAUAAUUCCGCUUCAGCACCUGAAACUAGCGAGGGAGAUCGGGAAGUUGAUUUUUGUUGGCCACCGGCAAAUAUGGAUGCUCGUUGGUCUCAUGAAUCUGAUCCAUCUGUAUCCGAAAAAGCGAAAAAAACAAUACAGCAUCAGCCAUUAUCAUCAUGUUCUAAGACUACGAAUGCUUCGCGGAUGAUGUUUUUCGACCAACCGGCGUCUGCAAAUUCGGCGGUGUUGGCAACACGUACGGGAACAUCACUGGUACGACCUCGUCCUCCAGUUCCUCCGCCGAUCCAAAACCGGAUGCCUCUAAACAGAUUACCUAGAGGACUGCCUGGAUCGUCACCGCUCUCAGGACUGUUAUUAGCGGGGCUGCGGGUGAGACCACCUUUUAGACCGUCUGGACUAGCAACAUGUUCACCGUUUCCCUCUGCGGCAGUUCCGCCGGUAAGACCACGGAUUACUCCACCUUUUGUUGCAAGACGACAGCCUUUUCCACUGAGACCUCCUCCGCCGGGAAUGCGCCCGCCUCGACCACCAUUUCUGCGAUAG